CAUAACUAGAGCCAGAAAGUCAAAAACAAAACGCAAAACCCUCUUCUUACUUAGCCACACUCUCUUGCUCGCUCUCACUCAACCCUUUUUCACCCUUGACGGCGGCGCGUGAAGAUAACGAACGAUGUUGGAUAUCAACCUGUUCCGGGAAGAGAAGGGCCACAACCCUGAAAUCAUCCGCGAAUCUCAACGCCGCCGUUUCGCCUCCGUCGAGGUCGUCGACGAGGUCAUCGAUCUCGACAAAGAAUGGCGAAAGCGUCAAUUCGAGUUGGAGAAUCUGCGCAGAGAGUUCAACAAGAUCAACAAGGAAGUCUCCAAACUCAAGCGUGCUGGUGAAGAUGCAACCAAGUUGAUUAGUGAAUCAGAGGAGACUAAGAAAUCGAUAGCGGAGAAGGAGGCUGAGGUUCGGGACACGCUGAAGCUUCUGAAUUCCAAAUUGGAAACGAUUGGGAACCUCGUCCAUGACUCGGUUCCUAUCAGCAAUGAUGAGGCUAACAAUGCUGUGGUUAGAUCGUGGGGCGAGAAAAGAGAGGAGCCUAAACUGAAGAAUCAUGUGGAUCUGGUUGAGCUUCUUGAGAUAGCAGAUACAAAGAAAGGAGCUGAUGUUGCUGGAGGUAGAGGUUUCUAUCUCAAAGGAGAUGGUGUUCGUCUUAAUCAAGCUAUGAUCAACUUUGGGCUUGAUUUUAUGGAGAAAAGGGGAUAUACCUUGUUACACACUCCUUUCUUCAUGAGAAAAGAAAUUAUGUCUAAGUGUGCUCAGUUAGCCCAAUUUGAUGAAGAACUUUAUAAGGUAACUGGUGAAGGAGAUGACAAAUAUCUGAUUGCCACAGCAGAGCAACCACUUUGUGCCUAUCAUUUGGAUGAUUGGAUCCACCCUUCCCAGCUACCCAUAAGAUAUGCUGGAUAUUCAUCUUGCUUCCGUAAAGAAGCUGGAUCUCAUGGUCGAGAUACCCUAGGAAUUUUCCGAGUUCACCAAUUUGAGAAAGUGGAGCAGUUUUGCCUUACUAGCCCCAAUGACAAUGAUUCAUGGGAUAUGCACGAGGAAAUGCUAAAGAACUCCGAGGACUUCUACAAGGAGUUAAACAUUCCAUAUCGAGUUGUUUCCAUUGUAUCUGGUGCUCUGAAUGAUGCUGCGGCAAAGAAGUAUGAUCUAGAAGCAUGGUUUCCAGCUUCUCAAGCUUACAGAGAGCUUGUGUCCUGUUCAAACUGCACAGACUAUCAGGCCAGAAGGCUAGAAAUUCGAUAUGGACAGAGGAAGAGCAAUGAGCAGUUGAAGCAGUAUGUUCACUUGUUGAACUCUACACUCACGGCUACUGAGAGGACCAUUUGCUGCAUACUAGAGAACAACCAGAAGGAUGACGGAGUGGAGAUUCCAGAAGCCCUUAGGCCGUACAUGGGUGGAAAGUCUUUCAUACCUUUCAAGAACCAACCUGAAGCAAAAGGGAAGAAAUCGAAGGCAUUGAAACAUGUUCAAUUUAAUCCUGCUGCUAAUAUUCUAACUUCAAUUACAAAAUUCAUUGGAAAGAGCAAUGUCAUCCGCAAAAUUGGGACUAGAAUAUUCAAUGUAUUGUAAUAGAGAGGGUUGAUGGGGUUUUAUUUGGUAGCCAACCUUCUAGCUGUGGUUUCUUACUGGGUCACUUGCAAAUGAUAUGUUUUACAACUAUGAUGAUUUAUUCUACUCGCAUGUUUUUUAUUCUGUAUUCUGCAGCCAAAGCGAUUAUUUUAAAAAUAGCUUUGAUCUGCAUGGUUCUUCCUUGGCUCAUUCGUUUCCGAACUUGUAGCUAAUCAAGUCUUUAUCACAAACAUGAGAAUAUAUAUCAUAUUUGAUACCAAGGGCAUUUCGAA